CCGGAGGACCGACAGGAGAAUCGGUACCAGCGGGUCCGCUCUCAGACGGCUCAGCCGAACAAAGGCGGGACACGGGGAUGAUGGACGGGAUCCUCGGCCAGGGCUGGAGCAGCAGCGGCGGGAAACUCGGCUCCGUUCUCGGUGUGAAUGUGUGAAUUUAACCGCUGACGAAGACAAGGCAUCCUGCUCCUCUCCAUCGCCUCCAUCUUGGAUGCUGGUGAUGAUGGAGCACAUCCGGACUCCCAAGGUGGAGAACGUCCGUCUGCUGGAGCGUUCUUCAGGUCAAAGGUCAGCCACCUUGGGAACGCUCUACCUGUCUGCCACUCACACCAUCUUUGUGGAGAACAACCCAGAAACCCGCAGGGAGACAUGGGUUCUGCACAGCAUGGUCUGCGGCAUGGAGCGACCGCCGGCCACGCCCACAGGAAGUCCUCUCGUCCUGCGCUGCAAGGACUUUCGGGUCUUCCAGCUCCUCUUCCCUCUGGAGCGCGACUGCCUGGAGGUCCACGCCUCCCUGACCCGUUUGUCCCGACCCGUGCAGUACAGCGAGCUCUACUGCCUGUCCUUCAACCCAAACGCCAACAAGAAGGAGCGCGAGGAAUCCUGGAGCUUCAUCGACCUGAAGGCCGACUACAAGAGGAUGGGCGUUCCCAACAACCUGUGGGUCGCCACGGCAGCCAACAGCGAGUACCGGGUGUGUGACACGUACCCCGCCGAGCUGUUUGUCCCGAAGUCGGCCACGCCCGCCGUCAUUGUGGGCAGCUCCAGGUUCAGGAGCCGAGGUCGCUUCCCGGCUCUGUCCUACUUUCACCAGGACACGCUGGCAGCGGUGUGUCGGUGCAGCCAGCCGCUGGCGGGAUUUAGUGGCCGUUGCCAGGAGGACGAGCUGAUGCUGCAGGCGGUGAUGAAGGCCAACCCAGGAAGUGAGUUCAUCUACGUGGUGGACACCCGGCCCAAGCUGAACGCCAUGGCCAACCGGGCGGCGGGGAAGGGCUACGAGAGCGAGGACCACUACUCCAACAUCCGGCUGCUCUUCAUCGGCAUCGAGAACAUCCACGUGAUGAGAAGCAGCCAGCAAAAGAUUCUGGACGGUGCUGGGGAAAUGCGCGCGCCGUCCAUGACCGACUUCCUGUGGGGGCUGGAGAGCUCCGGCUGGCUGAAGCACAUCAAGGCGGUUCUGGACGCCGGCGUCUUCAUUGCCAAGGCCGUGGCGGAUGAAGGAGUCAGUGUUCUGGUCCACUGCUCAGACGGGUGGGACCGGACGGCCCAGGCCUGUUCUGUGGCCAGCAUCCUGCUCGACCCGUUCUACAGAACCAUCAAAGGAUUCAUGGUGCUGAUCGAGAAGGACUGGGUGUCCUUUGGACACAAGUUCUCUCACAGGUACGGCCACCUGGACGGCGACCCGAAGGAGGUGUCCCCGGUUCUGGACCAGUUCCUGGAGUGUGUGUGGCAGCUGUCGGAGCAGUUCCCCUGCGCCUUCCAGUUCAACGAGCGCUUCCUGGUGGCCGUCCACUCCCACGUCUACUCCUGCCAGUACGGCACCUUCCUGGGCAACAGCGAGAAGGAGCGUCGAGACCUGAGGCUCCGUGAGCGCAGCCACUCGGUUUGGCCCCAGCUGUGGUCGGAGCGGUCCCGGUUCUCCAACCCGCUCUACAAGGCCGAGCUGAGCCAGAGUCAGGGCGUGCUGAGGCCCAACACCUCCCCCUACUGCUUCAAGAUGUGGAAAGGCCUCUACAGCCACCUGGAGAAGGCCACGCCCCCUCGACAGUCACCUGCCGACUUCCUGUCUGCCGUCAGGGAGGAGUCCCAGCAGCUGGAGGAGGAGCUGACCAAUCAGCAGGAGAGGCUGGCGGCGCUCACCGGGGAGCCAAUCAGAUGGGAGAAGACAGCAGCGGCGCGAAGCAGCAGUAGCCGCCUCCCCGUCACACACAGCGGGCCGGACCCGCCCACCCGCUACUCUGGACCAAUUGGCAGCUCCAAGCCAGCCAAUCAGGGGGCUCAGAGAGUAGACUCCGCCCCCUCCGGGUCACCGAGGAGUCCGGACGUGGAGGACGACCUGGAGUCGGGCGUGGCCGACCUCAGCAGCCGCUCGUCCUGUGGUGGUGAAGACGGCAAGGACCCGGAGCUGGACUGAGGCUGGCCACGCUGCCGCCCGACUGGAAAUAAGGAAAAACCAGAACCGGACCGGGUCAGAAUCCAACCCUCAUAUAAACUGGUCGACUGGUUGAAUGUCGCUCCGCUGGGUGGAGUUAACUCACAGCAACGCUUCAGAACCCGGCUCACUGAGAAACAGCCCAUAAUAUGAACCCGAGAUCACCAUGGAGACGGAACCAGAACCUCCUGCUGGUUCCUCUUUGAUCUGUGAUUAUUCAAAACUAAACGUUUUCACACCGUGGAGCAGAUCUACAUCUUCAGAUCUGUUUGCAGAUCCAUGCCAGGAUCUCUGUAGAUCUAUACAUGUUGCUCUAUGUUGUGUUUUCAGAAUAAAAGCUCAGAACCUGCAGCUGGACUCACAUCUCCAUGGCAACUCACCGCCUCUUCCUCAGAACCCGGACCCGCCUCUUCCUCAGAACCCGGACCUGUGGUUGGUUUUGUAUCGCCGACAUUAAACCAUCAAUAAAGUUCUAAUGAAGCUCUGAUGUUCAAA